ACAGAGCAUCAAAUCAAGUCCAGAAUUAAUAUAUAGAAAUAAAUAUAAAAAGGUGGCGUUUGUCAAAACCACUUCAAAUAACGUUUUAUUUUAUUUUUAAAUUUUUAAUUUCAAAUCAAAAAAAAUAAAUAAAUGGAUACUGUGGCAGAACCUAAAGUCUGUAACAUUUGUUACUGCAUAUGUUGCAGGAAAACUAUCCCACAAAGACACGUAAUGACCAUUCUACUUAUCCUAGGUCCAAUUAUCUUGUACAUUCACCGCGUAUGCAUUAACCUAGCAAUUGUUAAUAUGACAAGCUGGGAGGUACCUGAAGCCUCCCGUGAAGAACAUGAAGUUUGUUCAAGAGGAAAAAACAUUACAACUAUCCCACAAUUCGUUGAAAUCUACGACCGACAAUUCGAUUGGAAUGAAUCAAUACAAAGCUAUAUCCUUCUAAGUUUCUUUGUUGGGUACAUGAUCGGAAACUUUUGCAUUGGUUUCCUAAUCAAUGCAUUUGGUGGCCGUAUAUGUCUAUUCGUCGGAGCAUUCGUCUCUAGUGUGAUGACCCUCCUUAUACCUAUAAUAGCAGACUACACACAUUGGGCAGUCGUGUGUGCUGCAAGAAUAUUAACUGGCGUGGGUCAAUCCGCGCUGUAUUCAAGUUCAUCGAGUUUGAUAGCUCGAUGGCUCUUGGAAGAAAGCAAAUCCAGUGCUGCCACACUGAUUUUAACAUCGUUUACAUUCGGAAUAGUAAUCGGUAAUGUCGGAACUGGUUAUAUCAUGGCUUGGACAAAUACAUGGCGAAUGGUUUUUUAUAUAUUUGGAUCAAUAGGGUUCAUCUGGGUGGUUUUCUUCUAUUUUUAUGUAUAUCCCAAUCCACAAUCACAUAAACACAUCACUAAAGAUGAAUUAAACCUAUUGGAAAGCAUACCGAAAGCUAGACAGACCAAGAUUCCAUUUGGGCAUAUUCUGAGUGAUGUUGCUGUUUGGAUGUUUUUCCUAGCAUUCUUCGGUAGUGACUUCACAGUGUAUCUAAUCAUAACCAACAUGCCGAAAUAUUUCGUGACCGUGAUGGGUUUCAGCACACCUGUGACGGGUAUGAUUUUAAUAGGACCUCCAGCAGCUGGGGCCCUAGGAGGGAUAUCUAUUGGUUUCCUAGGAGAUCAUCUCAUUUCAAGAAAGUUGACCAAAAAGAUCACCUUCAGACUGAUUUGUACUACAAUAGGUCUUCCUAUCCCACCAAUUUGUUUAUUAAUGAUGGUCUAUAUGGAAUGCGAUGCCAUCAUGUCUUCAUUCCUGGUAACCCUAGCAAUGUUCUUCCAGUCAGCCUACUAUGCAGGUGCAGGAAUGAUGGCUGUAGACCUAACACUAAACUACCCAGGACUUUUGUUUGGAUAUUGUAAUGUGGCUGGAGGUUUAGCAGGUUCAAUUGCUCCGUACAUAGUCGGCCAUUUUGCCAAUAAUAACACAUUCAGAGAAUGGAAGACAGUGAUGUAUAUUGUCAUCGCUGUUGCAGUAAUAGCAUGGGUUCCAAUUAUGAUGUUCUCCAAAGCGGAGAGAAAAAGUUGGGAUUAUUCAGCAGAGGAAGAACCACCGCCAGAAGAUAAUACACCCGGAAGAAAAAAAGUGUGGUCUUGUUAUAAACCAGUAUAAACAAAAUCAAAGGCUGUCAAUAAAAUAAUAAAUAAAUCAAUGUCAAUGAAAAA